CUAAAAUCAGCAGCACACCUUGAGGCCUCUCUCUGUAUUGAGCUGAAGAACUUUGAUUUCGGAUCCAUGGCUUGGCAGCAGGUUCAGCUGAAGCUGGUUCUGAUUGGGACUCUGCUGCUGGUUUUGGUUCGGGGAUGGGAGCGGGUCAACGAGAGUCAGCUUAUCCAGUUUUAUGAGACUGGUGAGUUUAGUGAACCGGCCAGCCUUACUGCAGAUGCAAAAAUUUACAAGGAUGCUGAAAAUGUUGCCGUCAAUGAAACGUCUUCUGUUGAUGCACUUCAUAUGUUUCACCGUCCGAAACCUGUCCACCCUUUUUCUCCUGAUGAAGACCUCGACUAUGAUAACCACUACAAAGAUGAACUUCCUGAUGAAGAAGUUGAGGAUUUUGCAACCAGUGAAGUUGUUUUUUCUUACACUGACGACGUGGAGGAAAGAGAUUCCAGUCCAACAAAAUGGGCUGACGAUAAGAAAAGUGAAUUUCAUGUUGAGUUUGUAGGUCCCCUUCCAAAGAGCUGGGUUGGCUGCAGUGGUUCAACUUCAGAGGAGAUGAACGUGGUCUGCACUGAAGAUGGCUUCCAAAUCACUUUACCACCAGGAAAACUAAGUAACAUCCAAGUUGUUGGCUGGAAGAAUAUUUCUGUGGAGGAUGCUCCGAAGUACUGCGAUUAUCACAUGAACCUCCUCAAGAACGUCUUGACUGUGGACUUCACUGGGUGCAAUGUAAGGGAAGAUGAGGAAGAUAUCUACAGUCUGCAGCUGUCCUUCAGAGUCUCUGGCCGUCACCAAGAGUUGACUGCAUUUUGUGUUGAAAGUACCAAGUUUGAUCCUGGCCUGUUGCCUCGUACUUUUGACAAACACAUGAGAUGCGACAAACUAACCAACCGUCCACCAGCUGUAGUCCAUGCCAAACCUUCAAGGUGCCCGCUCAGAACCACCAAACCCCCAGUGACACAUGGAAAACCAGUGACCUUGACACCAAGAAGGUGGAUUCUUAGAACUGCUAGACCUCCACCUACAACUGGUAAACCAGUGACUUCUCCCCCAGUAAAAGGGCUUUACAGGAUCGCAACUUCAGCUGCGCCGCAGCAUCACAACUGUGCUGUUCAUGUUGAAGAACGAAUUUCCUGCGGCCGCUUUGGAACAUCUCCCUCCGACUGUGAGAAGAAGGGAUGCUGUAUGGAUCUAUUUAAACAUAGCUGCUACUACCCGCUUGAUGAAUGCACUGUGGAUCAACACGCCGUUUUUGCCAUUCGCCAUGACUGUGCAGCCAUUCCAGUUGACCCCAGAAAAAUUAUCUCUGGGGGGCCACACUGUAAACCAGCUAUUGUUAAUGACAAGGUCGCCGUCUUUAAGAUCAAACUUGAUGAUUGUGGAGUUCGCUCCUAUGAAGUUGGUGAUAUGAAGACCUACAUGAUUGAAGUUCAUAUUGUUGUCAGUGCGCUCAACCUCAAGUAUGGGAUAAUUACGAGGAAUGAUCCCCUCAGGUUCUUGAUCGAAUGUCGCUACAUGAAACAUGGAGGUGUUGUCGCUGAACAGUCUAUAGCCAGCAUUGGCUACAUGGUCAAGGCCUCAACUUCCAAUCUUCCUUCAUCAAUCAUCUCCAGUGGCAGACAUUCUGUUCAGUUGAAAAUCGCCAAAGAUCGCAGCUAUUCAAGUUACUAUCCCACCUACCAUCAACCCCUGCAGCUGCUCCUCGGCCAUCCUGUGUACCUUGAAUUGAGCCUAAGAUCUUCUAAACCAGAAGCGGUCCUGCUUGUUAACUACUGCUUGGCUUAUCCUCGUUCAGCAAAGAACGCCUUGGUGCUAAUUCAUGAAGGGUGUGCCAAUCCCAACGAUCCAACUGUGUCCAUCCUUGAAGUCAAUGACCUCCCUCAAAAUCGCCAUCAGAGGCGCUUUUCAGUGAAAGCUUUCCAGUUUAUGGAUCAAAGAACAAACUUGUACCUGAAUGAAGAAAUUUACUUCAUGUGUUCAACAGAGGUUUGUAUGCCGAUAGAAAAGCCUUGUUGCUUUGAUGGGAAAGGACCAAACUGGUUUGUGGACAAACUUGGAUUAAACGCAAAUAAUUGACUAAAGAAAUCUAAUGUUUUAAAUUCAAAACUCUUGGUGUAUACAUUUAAAAAGACAUCCAUGAUGGGUUUCCACUAAACUUGGAUGAUUUGCAAGUCUAACCACUAGAUUUAGAAGAUAAAUGUUUUUUAUGGGUCCACACCAGUGAGCAGUAAAGUUUAAUGUUGAGGGGAAUGUAUUUAGAGCUCCGAAGAAUAUAGUUCCUCUAUGCUUGUAUAACAGAUGGAAUAAGAUCAUUUAAGAACUGUAAUCUAUGUUUUCUGAUUGAAUCUUGAUGGUCUGUCUUGUCUCUGCAGUGGAGUGUGUUAAUACAUGAAUCAUGAUUUUGAAGGAAAACAUGCAAAUCUUAUUAAAGCUUGAAAAUACAACAUUUUUACACUA